AUGCUCUCGCCAUGCUUCCAUCAACCUUCAGAGAGUGAAUCUGAAAGAGCAACAACACAGGCUGCUAGUGGUUGGCUGGGACGGGUCGCAUCCAGUGAGGAAGGCCAGGCCGAUCGAGGUUGGGGUGAUUCCCCUCUAAUUUUAUUGAAUUUCAUGAAAACUAUGUGGGAUGCCAGAGAAAGACCUGCCCGCGGACUGCAUAUUCAGGGAUCUCAUAUGCCGUAUGUUCAUCAAGGCAAUCAACUGCACAUUCAAGGAUCUCCUUCGCUGCAUUGCUUUUCGGGAGCGGCCUAUUCAAAUGUGCCAUCCUGGGAUCAAGAUCUUGAUGGUCCAGAAUCGAUACUCGUUGUGAACAACGGACCGAAAGAGGCCUGGGCGUGUGUCGCAGAAGCCAUGCAAAUGCACUGCAGCAAACGGGAUCUUCAGAAGCCCAAGACCGUGACUGUGGUGCGUCCAAGCAUCAGCUGUGAUACAGGAGGAGACAAGUGA